UUGGAUUAGGUUUGGGUCAGCGUUAAAGGUGUCCCAAACACAGAAUUGCAUUGGAAAGCGUCUAAAAUGGCUGGCCAUCCUAAUGAUAACAAAAGUGGAUAUGAGGAAUCGAGAUUUAAGACUGCUGUUGAUGAAAAUUUUCUUUGUUCCAUUUGUCUUAACAUCGUUAAAGAUGCAAGAAUGUGUCGACAUAACGAACACAUUUUUUGUCGUUAUUGCAUUGAAGAACAUCUACGAGUUAAUGCACAAAGGUGUCCACAAUGUCAAGAUAAUUUGACUGCACCUACACUUCUUCCAGCGCGGUUUGUUAAUAAUAUGAUUUCAAAGUUUAAGAUCAAUUGCGACUACGCUAGUCGUGGCUGUCCUGAAUUUAUAAAAGUUGAAGAUUUAGAAAGACAUGUUGAAAAUUGUGGUUUUGCUCCAGUGUUGUGUUCUAAUGAACGUUGUGGCAAGGAGAUAAACAAACGAGACAAGAUCAAGCACGAAACUAAGUUAUGUGAAUACAGAAAGAUUCCUUCUCACGACUUUGAAGAGAUUAGAGAAAUGUUUCAACGAAAUUUUGAUCAUGUUGACAAAGUAAAAGUGAAAAUGGAUGCUGAAGUAGGUCGACAAUAUGCGGAAAUACGUAAAGAAAUGAUGGAAUCAAAGAGAGAAAUAAAAGAUGUUCAACAAAAUCUUUCUUUGCUGACUAAAGAAAUAAAAGACAUGAAAGUAAUGAUGUUUCAAAUCUUGGAAAAGAUGAAUAAAAAUGAACAACAUGUUCAAACAUUAACAUCACCAAUUGAAAUAGUUAUAAACACAUUAAAAAGUGAUAUUUUGGUUGCUGGAGGUUAUUCACCUGGUUCCUCAAAGAGUGUUGAAAUAUUUUCAUGGAAGAAGGUGAAAUGGUUUGAGAUAGCAUCAAUGGAAAAUGCGCACGUCUAUGGGUCAUCAUUUAUUUAUAAUGAUAUUUUAUUUGUUGUUGGAGGUGUUGGCUGCAAGUCAAUGGAGACAUUGAAUAUAAAACAGUUUUCUUUACGUGGAAGACAUUUCCCACAGAGUUUCCUCAUGGGUGUUGGCAUCAUCGAACUGUUGUUUGUAAACAACAAAUCUUUCACAUUGGAGGAUAUGAUUAUGAUAAACAUACAACAUUGGAUGAAAUUAGUGAAUUACAGAUUACAAGUACAACAUCUUAUGUUUUGA